AUGAACAUGUAUUCUCACGGCAUCCAUAUGGCUCUCAUUGCCGUAUUUUUCAUACUUUUCACGAAUAACCAAGUUUACCCGGCUAAUGGAAUGAAUGUGAUCGACAAAUGCUGGAGGACGAACCCUAAGUGGCGCGGAAACCGGCACCAAUUAGCCAGAUGCUCCGUUGGUUAUGCAGGGAAGAUGUCGAACAACAUCGGCCAUGGCACGACAAACUAUAAGGUCACUGACCCGUCGGACGAUGCGUUGAACCCUAAACCUGGAACCUUGAGAUAUGCCAUGACACACAUCAAGGGAAAAGUCUGGAUUACAUUCAAAAGGGACAUGAGUAUUAAGCUUCAAAAGCCCCUUUUGAUUAGCAGUUUCACCGCCAUUGAUGGCCGCGGCGUUAAUGUUCACAUUCAUGGUGGAGGUUGCCUAAUGUUGCAAAGGGUGAACAAUGUGAUCAUACAUAGCCUUAGAAUCCAUGACUGCAAGGCUCAAACAGCAGGACCAGUGCUAGGUCCAGAUGCAAAGGUUGUGCAUUUGUCUGCAGUUGAUGGAGAUGCGAUUAGGAUCCUCUCGAGUACAAAGGUUUGGAUUGAUCACAACACACUUUACAAUUGCCCAGAUGGACUAAUUGAUGUCACCAGAGGAUCCACACAAGUUACCAUCUCCAACAAUUGGUUUAGAUCUCAAGAUAAGGUGAUGCUUUUAGGUCACGAUGAUGGGUUUAUGCGUGACAAGAACAUGAAAGUCACCGUGGCCUUCAAUCAUUUUGGUCCUAGGUGCCAUCAGAGAAUGCCGAGGGUUCGUUUCGGGUAUGCGCAUGUUGUAAAUAACCUCUACCUCGGAUGGGGAUUAUAUGCAAUAGGAGGAAGCAUGGAUCCAACCGUAAAGAGUCAAUCAAACCUCUUCAUUGCACCAGAAGCUGGAAAUAAAGAGGUGACUUGGAGGAAACAAGGUAGUGGGAGGAUAUGGAAUUUUCUGUCUGUGGGCGAUGUGUUCGAAAACGGUGCCUCUUUCGUCCAAUCAAGAGGCACUGACAAGGGCACCUCCCUGAAGCCGAACUACACCCCGGAACAGGCUUUUCCGGUCGAAGAUGCAAGAAAAGUAAGGGACUUGACUAGCUCCUCUGGUGCCCUGAAAUGUUCAAGAGUCUCCUAUUGCUGA